GCACUGAACAUUGAGUGUACGGUUGUGCUCGUGAAAACCCAGAUCAUACACGAGAUUGAUUGUUUGUAUUAGUAACUGACGGGGAAAAACCUCCUGAUAUUUUAUCAAGGUUAUUUUGUUGGCGCAGUAAAGAAAUGAAUCAGUAUUUCAAUAUGUUUGGUGAGUAAAUCAUGUGCCGUUUGACGAAACCAUUGAAAGAUUGCAAUCGUUUGUUUCUGCAUGUUGCCUGUUCAUUUGGAUAUAGGAAUAAAAUAUAGAAUUAGGGUUUUGAAAGUUAGUGGUUUUUGUGGAAGAAAUUGAAUAUUUCAGGAUUUAUAUAUUUCUUCAAUUAUUGCAUUUAAAAAUGCCGGAAAUAUAUGAAAACUACAUGAUGAAAGAAGAAUUUGAUGGCCAGCAGGAUUAUGAUCCAAUGUUAAUUAGCAGCACUAAUGCAAUGAGUCUUUACAACAAUCCUAUAGAUUGUCAAUUCAAUUUCAAUUCUGGUUCACCUAUGUCUACUACUUCAUCACCAUCACAUAUGCCUACAUAUUUGUUGUUAGAUAAUUACACUGUUGUAGGUGUACCACAUAUUGUGAUAUUAGAACAACCGGUAGAAAAAUUUAGAUUUCGUUAUAAAUCUGAAAUGAUUGGUACACAUGGAACUUUAAGUGCAAAUAGCGUAAUAGCUAAUAAAAAGGGUGCUCCUACAGUUGAAUUAAGAAAUUUUCGUGAGAAAGCAAUAAUACGUUGUACAGUGGUUACAUCAGAUGACAAAAGACCAAGAAUUCCACAUGCUCAUCAUUUGAUCAGAAGAAAUGGGCAAAAAGAUCGAGAUGAUCCCCAUGAGAUAGAAGUUUCUCAAGAAAAUGGAUAUACUGCUAUAUUUUAUGGAAUGGGUAUAAUACAUACAGCAAAAAGACAUGUUAAAGAUGAGCUUAUACGAAAACUUAAAAUGGAGUUACUAGAAAAACGUAGAAGGAAAAAUGUUAAUGCUAUUAUUUCGAUGCGUGAUGAAGUACAGAUUAAAGCUGAUGCAGAAAUUUAUCAAAAAUCAUUAAAUCUUAAUAGCGUAUCUUUAUGCUUUCAAGCUUUUAUUUUAGAUGCAAAUAAUGUUAUGGUGCCAAUUACACAGCCUGUUUACUCUAAUCCAAUUAAUAAUCUUAAAAGUGCUCUUACUGGUGAGCUGAAAAUCUGUAGAAUUGACAAAUUUACAAGUUCUUGCGAAGGCGGAGAAGAAGUAUUUAUGCUAGUAGAAAAAGUUGGAAAAAAAAAUAUCAAAGUCAAAUUUUUUGAAUUGGAUGAAGAUGAUCAUGAAGUCUGGUGCGAUUAUGGCCGCUUUACUGAAUUAGAUGUACAUCAUCAAUAUGCUAUUGUAUUUCGCACUCCGCCAUAUAAAGACAUAAAUAUUACUUCAUCAAAAGAAGUUUUUGUAAAGUUAGAACGACCAAGUGACAAUGAUUAUUCAGAAGCUGUUAAAUUUACAUAUAAACCAAGUGACAGAAGUCUAGGAAGAAAAAGGCCACGUAUGUCUUAUUCAAAUAGUACAGAAUUGUCACAAUUUUUGCCUACUGUGGAAAGAAACGAUUCUUUUUUAAAAUUGAACGAUAGCCGAGAAAUUUCUAACGAAUUAAAAAAAAUCUUUUCGGAAGGUUGUUCAUCUGCAGAAUUACGUCAGUUUGUUAACAAUAUAGACCUAGAUAUGUAUACGCAUCUAGUAGCUAAUAGUGAAGAAGGAGUGCUUACAUCUGAUGGUGCAUCUUCUACAAAAAAAUCGGAUGAUGAUACCAUGUUUGCCAAGGAUAUUUUUAUGGAAGCCAUUAGUAUUAUUAAUUCAGGAAUGAAUGAAGCAAAUGGAGAAAUUAAUCCUAGUAAAAAAAAACAAUUAAAAAAUUUAUUCAUGCAUCGUUCUACUUUUGGUGAUUCACCAUUACAUGUAGCUCUUCGUCAUGGUCAAUUUGACAUUUUCAAAUAUAUUUUGAUACUUACGGGGAUUGAUUCAGAAUAUGAAACAGUUAUAAAUAUUCAAAACAGUACAGGCAAUACACCAUUACAUUAUGCAGUAUUGCAAAAUCAACCAGCUAUCAUAAAAGCAUUAUUAGAACUUGGUGCAGAUCCAAAUACAUGUGAUGACCGAGGUUUAUCUCCAUUACAUGUUGCUGUAAAAAUACAUAAUGGCGCGGAAUGUGUUGAUACGUUAUUAUCUAGUAAAUUAAUUAAUACGGAAGGUUACACAGAUCUUGGAUGGACACCUUUACUACUUGCUGCUGAAGCAGGUUCAUAUGAUGCUGUAUGUUCUCUUAUUCGAGCAGGUGCUAAUGUAAAUAAUACGGAUAAAUCGUAUGGCCGUAGUGUAUUACAUAUAGCAGUUGAAGGAGGUCAUAAAGAAAUCGUUGAAUUUUUAUUGAAAAACACUAGCAUUGAUGUAAACAAGACUAACUUUACUGGAAAUACAGCAUUACAUAUUGCAGUAGCAUAUGCCGGAACAAGAGCAAAAGAAUUAUGUAAAUUAUUAAUGGAAUAUGGAGCAGAUCCAAAUAUUCAGAAUAAUUCUAUUAUAAAAUCAGAAAAUAUUGAAGAGACUGAAAACCAGUCUGAGGAAAAAGAAGAUGAAGUUAUUACGAUAAAGAGUGAAGUAGACACAGAAAAGGAAAAGGAAGGUGAAAUUGUUAAGAUAAAGAGUGAAGUAGACACAGAAAAGGAAAAGGAAGGUGAAGUUGUUAAGAUAAAGAGUGAAGUAGACUCAGAAGAAGAAAGUGAAGAAAAACUUGGACAGACAUCCUUUGAUUUAGCGACGAAUAAGCCAGAAAUUUUACAAGUUCUUAAGGCUCAUGAUAAAAAUACAGAAAAUGAUAAUAAUUUAGCUAUUAUUACAAAAGAAGAAAUAUUGGAUGAGGAUAUAAGAAAAAGUUGGUUGAGUAACGAGGAUAAACGAAAAUUUGCUCUAGUUUUAGAAAAAUCAACAGCUUGGAAAAAAUUAGCUAAACAUCUAGACAUUGAAUUUCUUAUAGAUACAGCGCGCUUAAACAGUUUAAGUCCAACUUUGUUAAUUUUAAACUAUAUAGAUAUACAAGGUGACGUUUCUCUUCAGCAAUUACAUGAUAUAUUAAUUAAAUUGAAAGAACCAAAUGCUGCGAAAUUUGUUUCUGAAAUUAUAAAGGAGCACGAAAGCGAAUAUAAAUUCUCGGGUAAUUACUAAAGUCAUUAAGCAACGUAGGCACAAAUAAUAAUAUGAAUGGGAAUGUGUGUGAUAUCCAUCAUAAGAAACAAAAACCAUGUGCUGUUGAUUGCGAAAAUGUGUACAUAAAAAAGAAACUUAAUUCAUAAAAGAAAGAUUACGUAUUAAUCAUUGUAUUUGUAUAUACAAUUAUU